AUGGGACUUGAAACGGAGCGGAGGCUAGGGCUUCCCGGAGGCGGCGACGGUGAGGUGGAGAGGAACGAGAUGAAGAGAGUGUUUUCGGAUAUCUCUAGUGCCAGUGGCAACGGCGGGGAGGAGGAGAGAAAGACAGAGGCGGUGGAAAGUAAGAAUCAAGUGGUGGGGAGGCCGCUGGUGGCGGCUUACCGGAGGAAACAUAACUUCGGCCGGGCUAAGAUGUACGUGAAGGUUAGCAUGGACGGGAACCUCCUAUCCGAAUUUCGAUCGGUAUUAGAGGUCAGCAAUUCGGCCUCACUAUGGAUACAUGAAAAUUUUGAUGUUGUACUCCUAGAUGAGCUGGAUUUAGUUUACAUUUUGCCUACUCCUUCUUCUCCGAUGACGAAAAUCCAGCCCCAAAAAUUUUCUCCUGCAGAUUGA